CGAUGGGGGAAAUAUGCCAAUGACGUUUCCUGUUUUUCAAUAUGGCGACCAGACCUGCUGCCGGUUUCUAUCUCGGUUCGGUUGCAAAAUUUUUUGGAAUGUAAUAAAUUUUAUGUUAUGUGAUGCAAAAUGGCAAGGAAUUGCUACUUUAAUCAUUGUUUUAGUUUGUGAUGGAUUUUUUUCGCGUGUAUUUAAACCUAAAUUAGACUUUAAUCUCAGUUUGUGUGGUGACGUGUUUCCCUCGACAUCGAUAAUCAUGUGGAGGCACGCAGUCGUGAACAUGUGCCAACAUAACUGAGUUACCACCUAUCGAGAGCAGUCGUACAUUCUGCGCUGUUAAACAUACAUCUUCAGUUCGGAGUAACUCCUAGCUGGAAUCAGCUGAUUUACACUAGGGGAUCAUUUGGGUCUGAUAACCCAACCUCAGUUGUAAUUUUGACAGCUGGUGAAAAGGAUGACUCUGCUCGACCUACAUUCACGUUUUACUAAUGUCGAGGGAAAUAUGAUUGAGUCUCAAGAUUACAACAGUUUUAGCAUAUGGAGAGCCAACUGCCAUGAAUACCCAGAAGGGGAAGAAAUGAGCACCCAACAAUCUACCACAAUGACUGAAUUAGGUGCAGAUAAUGUACAUCUCAAAAUACUGGUGCCCAGUAUCGCUGCCGGAGCCAUUAUUGGCAAGGGAGGGGAGACAAUCGCAGCAGUACAAAAAGAAGCUGGAGCACGUGUUAAAAUGUCCAAAGCUAAUGAUUUUUAUCCAGGCACCACAGAACGUGUUUGUCUUAUAAUGGGUGCUGCCGACGCCGUCAGAAAAGUUCACAAUUUUAUUAUGGAAAAAAUACGAGAAAAACCUGACCCCAAUCCAAAACCAGAGGUCUCUAAAAAUAAUUUUGAGAGACAUAGACAGGUAACUUUACUCAAUGUGAAGAUACUCGUUCCAAACAGUACUGCGGGAAUGAUCAUUGGCAAGGGAGGUAACUACAUCAAACAGAUCAAAGAAGAGAGCGGUGCUUACGUUCAAAUCUCCCAAAAGUCAAAAGAAACAAAUCUACCUGAAAGAUGUAUCACAGUGGCAGGUGAUUUAGAAAAUAAUAAAAAAGCAGUGGACCUGAUAUUACAGAAAAUUGUUGAAGAUCCACAAAGUGGUAGUUGUCCAAAUAUAAGCUAUGCAGAUUAUACCGGACCGGUGGCAAGUGCGAACCCUACAGGCUCACCAUUUGCCAACACAAACUUCAUGCAGAACCAAACACAAGAAUUAACUGGUGUCAAUAAUAAUAAUUUUGCUGGUGGUGCUACAUUUGGUUUCGGAUUUAAUCCAAAUGCAUUCGGUGGAAACAUGGGAGGAGUACCAAAUACAAAUAUAGGAAGUUUAUUAGCUGGCGGGGUAAUGACUCCUGCUGCUUUAGAAAAUAUUCGAAUGACACUGAGAAGUAGUGGUUACACGGACCAGGCUACAGAAGAAAUUAGUUCAGCAAUGAAUACGCUUGCGACAUAUGGUAUUUUAGGGGUAGGAGUAAAUGUCGGUGGACAGCAACAAAAUGUUCAACAAGCCCAACAGAUGAGUUUGCAAAAUGCACAAGGUCAGAGCAUGAUGACAACAGCUGCUGGUACUCCAUCACAAAACCCACAACAAGGUUAUAUGAUGAGUACCCCCACAUCUUCUGGAAGUCUGUUUGGACCAGUUGGUAGCGGGUCUUCAGGCUUGGGGAGUUCAGGGUCAACGGCGGCAAACUCUAGUCUGUUUGGAAGCUCUUCUCCGAGUAUGCAGCAAGAGCGAUACGGUGGAAGUCCAAUGUUGAACGAGUCAUAUACAGCCCCUGGCUAUCCAGGUGCACAACAAGGGUUUGCUCCACAGCAAUUAGGUGGGGAGCGAUCACCUAGCAUAAAUAUCAACCAAAAUUCAUUUGGUUUGGGGACUGGAAUGUAUAGUCCUACGGAAGGGGACAAAUCAGCCACGGCUAAACAAGAUUUAGAAGUUCCAGAAAGUAUAGUAGGGGCUAUUUUAGGCCCGGGUGGAAAAGGAAUAGUUGAAUUACAGCAGUAUACUCAAACCAACAUACAGAUCUCGAAGAAGGGUGUUUAUAUGCCUGGCACGAGAAAUAGAAUUGUAACCAUUACUGGAACCCCAAACAACAUCACAAAAGCACAGUAUCUUAUACAACAACGUAUACAACAAGAAGAAAUUAAACGGGCUAGACAGGCACAAGCUUCAGGCCGCUAGGAUUUAUUUUAUUUCUUAGGCUUUAAAAUACUGAUUUUACACCAAUAUUUAAACUAACAUUAACUUCUCAUCAUUUUUGUGUAACUCUUUUAAGGCAUUGUCAAGUGCACGUGACAGUGGCGAUAGAUUCGUCCUGGACUCUUCUGAUAUUCUUUUAUAGUCUUGGUGACUUGAAAUCACUUGUGCAUGCCAUUUUUGAUUUGAUGUUGAUGUAAUAGUAUCACCUGCAUGCUUUCGUCUAUUAUAGUGGACUAUAUAAAUUAUUCAAGUGGACUUGCGGUUAUUGUGUAUAUGUAUAUACAUAGGAGUAUAGGUACAGAUCUCUCUUCGCCAUUUCUUAGUACACAUGUACUUAAACCAUCACAGAGCAUCAUAAUCAUCACAGAGGACUGGUCCAUUUUUAUCAUGGAAUGUUCCAUUUUUUUCGACUUGAGGUAAAGGAGGAUGUAGUUAUUAUUAUGAUGUGUAAAUAUUAUGAGACCUGUUUCAGGAGUCAUGGGUAGUACACCCAUGCUUUAUAGUUUGUCAUAAAGUGAUAGCAUAGCAUUUUAUCUUGCAUAAAUAAGCACCUAAAACAGUGACUGUUUUAUUCAUGAUUGUUGUGGAAUUUUGUUUGUUUCUCCACUUUAAAAUUAUAGUUAUUGAAUUAAUUUCUAGGGAUGAAUUCACUGUAUGCAUUGUAGUUAGAGAUUUUUGUUUAUAGUAGUUAUUCAAUCUAAGUAUAGAUAUUGUAUUAUGAUAUAUAUACAUAUUAUAUAUACCUUUGAAUGGGAUAAUAUAAUAAUUUGUUAAUAUAUAAUUGUUUAGUCAAAUUUGUUAAAUCUUAUUUAAGUACUUUGUUACAGAGCUAAUGUUUUACAAACUUAUGUAUAAUCACGAUUUGUGCGUUUUUGCGUGUGUGGUAUCUAUAUUAAUUUAAUACCAGCCCAAGCGUGGCUCUUGUGUAGUAUUUUGUCUUCUUUUUAUCUUUUUUUUUUUUAUUAGUGAUAAAUCACAUUGUUAAGCUAUUGCUACAGUCUUUUACUCAGUAUAAGGCAUUGUGUCAUUCUGGUAGUUUCACUGAAAGUAAACGAAGCACUCAAUUUCUUUUUUCGACAGGGGUUUUUAUCUGAAAUCACGGAAUAAUAUUUUGUGAUAUCACAAGUUUUAAAUUUUUUUCGUCCCCCCCAUUUCGAUUUUAAGUAUAGAUAGAUAUAUGAAAAAAUUAAAACAAAUCAGGUUUGCAAUUGUAAAAAGAGCACAGUACACUUGAUCAUGAUCAUUUAUGAAAAAUUUACUGGUUUUUUAUGUAGUUUUUUUUUAAUGGAGCUGGAUAUUUUUGUUUUUGUACAACUAAAGUAACCUCAUUCUUGUCUGUGGUAGAAGAGAAUGUUAUAAUCAGAGACUAUAUAUUGUUUCUUAGAAACAUGUAACGGGUAGCUGUUUAUUUCUGUUUACUUUCUUGUGAGCCGACUGGAACAUGUUCUCCCUUCCCCCCCCUGCCCCCUCUUUCUCCCUUUUACUUCAAUCCCCUGACUUUCCAGCAAUUUCUUUCUAAAAAUAGAACAGUUCCUUUAAAUUGGGACAGUUAUUUUUAGACUUCUGCCUUUAAAGGUCAAGAUGACCUUUACUAAACUACCCUGUCCUUGAGUUUUUAACUUUGCUUUUAUUGGAAUGCUUAGUGACUUAAAUAUCAAGUUAAUUUUGUUUUUAUUUCUCAUUUUGAUUGAAGUAUUAGGGAUUUUUCCUUUUUUUUUUGCCUACUUUUGUUUCACACUGUUGUUAUUAUAGAUCAUAUAAAACAAUGCACACCAGUUUUACUCACCAAUUAUUAAUACUAUUCAACAUCUGUUAAAAAAUUUGUUGAGAGGACUUUAUUUGUUUUUUUUCUUGUUAUUAUUUUAAUUAUAACAUGCAUAUAUACAAUUAUGAUAAACUGACGUUGUUGAUAAUUUAAAUACUUGGUGAGGAGGAAUGGUGUACUUGGUGUUAUAACUUAUUAAAAAAAAAUAUUGAUACUUCAGCCCAUGUGUUUAUAUGUCAUUAUCUACUCAUUGAAAUUGUUAUUCAUCACUCAAGAUUCAAGCCAGUGUUAUUAAUAUUACAGUUUGAUAAAGUCUGGGCACGUGUACUGAACAUUAUCUAAAAUGUCGAAUUAGAAAUUUUUCUACUUUUUGUGUUAUGUUAUUCAGAUAAUAAAAAGAAAUGUUUACAAUUUUCUUUUUCCAAAAUUACUAAGAAAAAAGACAUGAAAAUUCAUAUAACUACAUGUAUAUAUUUUAAGGUGGGAGUGUUAUUUUGAGCAUGUUUUUUAAUGAAGUUGAAAAAACAUCAUAACUGUAGUGUUUUGCAGAUUAAACCAGCUUUCUGUCAUGUAAAAAGUAAAAGUUAUUAUUUAGUGAAAUCAGGACACUGCCUAGACUUUAUUGAACUGUAGAAGAAAUACAUAGUCCGUUGUCACCAGCUACUAGGUCUUUCAGAUCAUUUACCUGGAAACAUGGUCAGUGCACGUGAUUAUAUGUGGUCAGUGCAUGUGAUAUAUAUAUGGUCAGUGCAAGAUCAGUGUAAAUUGUUGAUAUGGUCAGUGUGCCUGGUUUCAUGUUUCCGGUGCACCUGGUUUCAUGUUACCGGUGCACCUGGUUUCUUGUUACCGGAGCACCUGGUUUCAUGUUACCAGUGCACCUGGUUUCAUGUUACCAAUGCACCUGGUUUCUUGUUACCGGAGCACCUGGUUUCAUGUUACCAGUGCACCUGGUUUCAUGUUACCAGUGCACUUAUUUAUGUGGUUUGUGCAUAUGAUAUAAAAUGCAAAACAAUAACUGCAUGUGAUAUAUGUGCACAUAGAAUGUACAUUUUGAUGCACAUAUUGUAUGUUUUUUUCUGUGCACUUGAUGUGUUGAUGCAUGUGAUACUUGUGUAUGAUUGAUUGGUCAUGGAUGCUAGAAAGGGGUGGGGUACAAUUAUGAUACCAUCUUGGUAUAUUAUAUACAUAGCAUCGCUUAAAAGCUAUUAAAACAACUGUGAUAAUCAUUAUUAAAUGUUAAUAUAUCACCAGUAUAGACAUUGAACCUGAAAUGGGCCUGCCUUUUCUCAUUUACAUUAACAAUCACAAUUUUAAAUGUUUUAUUGAAUUUUAUUAAAUGAUUAUAACUUUAUGAUUGAUCAAUAUUUUAGCCUUCAUAAGGUCACACACAUGUAAAUAUUCCAUCGUGUUUCAUCGAGAGUUACGUACCAUCCACAAAAUGUGCUAGUUGGUGCAGUCCAUGUUAAUACAACAUACCUCUAUACAGGUUGUGCCAUAGGCUCAUAUAAACACACGGUUUUAGAUUUUAUAAAUUUACAGUUUAAGCUGUUUUAGUUUUCAUGUUCUGUCUCAAUAGACGGGAAACUCGCUGAUGAAGUUUUUAGAGACCCCAAACAUUAUCUUUUUAGAAUUUCAUUUCCAUUAAAUUGUAAUUUUUUCUAUGCAAGUUAGUUCUAUUUUGCAGAUAUAUUAUUAUAAUAACUAUAUGAUUUUAAAAGGGAGACAGCCCCACCCCUAGCACUGUACUUUUGUAUAAGGGAGGCAACUCCUGAAUAUUUGAGAGAAGAUGUGGGAUUACAUUAUUGUUUCAUUACUAUUACAGGGAUUAUAUUAAUGUUAUUAUUUAUUAUUUCCUAAUAGACCAAGAAAUAUCUUGUAAACAAAAAGCAAAAUGUUUAGAUGCUAGUAUUUUAAGUGCUUACUUUAGUAGGAUUUCUUGGUCUAUUGGUGUUGGUGUUAAUUUUUUUGUUUUGUAAAUAUAGAGUUAUCAUUAUGAAUAGUUAACUGUACAUUAUUCAAGAUACUUGUAUUUAAAUUAUAAUUAAGAUGAAUUAUCUAUUCAGAAAUAGUAAUAUAUAUAUAGUGCUUAAUAUUUACUCACUUUAAAUGCCUGGUUCAUUUUUUUUCAACUUUUUUUUUUAAUAGUUAAAGCAGCGGAGGCUGAUUAUGAAAUAGUCAUUAUGAAAUUGUCAUAUAGAAAUAAUUCAGUUUAUACUAGUUAUUUCAUUUUUCACAAAGUUUUUGAAACAUUACAUAGCAUCAGAAUUUUAACCACACAGUCUUAUGAGGUCUUUCGUAAAAAAAAUAUUAGAAAAAAAAUAAGUAUUACCACAUUUGUUAAUUUAUUACAUGUGAUCAUAUUUUAAAAAAAGGAAUGUUAUUUUAUUCUGUCAACUUUCUCACAAUUUGUUACAUUUUUUUUAACAGUUUUAUUAAACAAAAUUUAAACAUACUUUUAUCAUACAAUAAGAAAGAUUAAUGAUUUAUGGGAUUUUACAAGCUAUUUAAUUAACACUUAUUUGAGUACAAGACAUAAUAAUGAAAGUUAUAUACGCCAGUCCUACCUGCACAUAGAGGCAGUUUAGUCAGGUUCUAUUUUUGGUUGCCCAGUUUCUAUAUUUUAAUACCGUAAUGAAAUUGCUUUAAACUUUAACCAGCAAUUGACCAUUCCAAAUUCGAUGCUGAGCAAGAUCAUUAAACUUUUAAUGCAGGGUAUUAUAUAAAAAUUCAGGCUUAUUUUCUUCACCAGUUUGUGCCACCAUUUUCAAUUACUUCAGAACCUUUGCUUCAUUAAAGAUAAGUCUUUAUUUUUCUUGUCCGGUAAUCUUCAGGAAUUAUUAAUAACUUUUGUUGACUCCCAUAAAAUGUUCCAUCUAGUUUAGCUUUAAAAUAAGCAGAGUCAUUUUACAUUGAGGAAAGCUGUGUAUAGAUUAAUUUAGAAAUAUACUAUGUUUUACUUUUUGUAAACUUAGCUAGCUAUGUUGAAUCACCAAGCUGCAAUAAAAGUAGUUUUUAAGGCAAAUUUAAGAAUACAGUUUUUAUGGUUUUUGUUUUUUAUCUGGUCAAAGAUUGCCAGCAGUGUUUUGAAUUCUUCAAGUGUUAUUAUUAACUUAAAUUUAUGGAAAUUUCUAACAAUAUAGAAGGUAGUUUGAUGUUAAUGUUUUACAUUAAAUAUAAUAAAUAUAUGAUGGAUUUGUAAAUACAAAGAAAACACAGAAAUUAUGAUAACUUUUCAAUGAUCAGACAUUUAUAGACAUAUAGAAAUGUGACCAUUUAUAAUUUUCCUAUCAUUUAUCAUAAUAAUGAUUCAGAUUUUAACAAGUUCUGUAGAACAAUUUUAUGAUUAUAUUUAUUCUUAUUGUUGAUCCAUUAGAUGGUUUUUCUUCACCAGCAAAUGAUUUUUAGGUUUCCUUUAACAACCUUGUUUUGUAUUUUUUAGCAUUAUUAAUUUCAAAAUUAUGAUUCGUUUGGAGAUUUUAAAGUUUUAAAAACUUGUGACUAGUUUUAAACUUGACGAUCAUGUAUAAAUGAUUAUAGAAAUAACAUUAGUUUAUUGUUGAGAUGAAAUUUGAUUAAAAUUAAUGCUAUGAUGUUUAUAUAUAACUAUUUGAUCAAAUGCUGGAAAAUCUGAAAAUGAUUUGUUUGGUGUUGUUUAUUGUUUUAUAUUAUAACAUCCCUCUAUAAGUAAUGAUCAUUAAUGUAUGUAUCACUUUGACCUCAGAUCUGUUUAUCAACCCAGUCUGCGUAACUGUUUAUUUUGAAAAUUUGAAAUUUCUAACUAAGACAAUCUUAUAGAUUGUAAUGUAAAUUUGAAAAAAAAGUUUUGUUUUUAUUUUUUAAAAUUUGAAAGUAAACAGUUUUUGCAGACUGGUUUGUUUGCACAUAUAUUCAUCGUGUGACUGGACUGGUUCUAGUGUGGUCUGGACCAGUAGACUGGUUAUGAAGGACUUGUGUAUGUGGUAUUUGCAUUUAUAUCUCCAUGACGUCUUGUUUUGUUACUAUUUAUAGAUCUGAGGAUCAUAAAAACUCUUAUUUUUUCGUUGUGCCAGUCAGGCAGUGUUUCUAAAAAGUAACAUAAGAAAAAUCAUUGUUAAAAUUUUUCGGAAUUUUUCUGUUAAAGCUAUUUGGACACAGAUAAUAGACAAAAAAAUGAAAGGCAAAAACUUAACAGACAAAUUUUUGGUGACAAGGUGAAUGCAAAAUGCAUUGAACUGAAUUGUAUGGAAGAAAUUGGAAAAUGUUACUUUUAUGAACAUCUUUCGACUGUUAUGGUUGGUUUAGAAAGCUGGGUGCAUUAUGUAAAUACAAGGUUUUCUAAAAGUUGUGCUUGAUUUUGUUUGCUCUAAUUGUUCAAAUUCAUCAAGCGAACUGUUGGAAUAUAUUCUUGUGUUGUUGGUGAAAUACCUCGCAAUACCCUGCGUAUUUAACAAAUGUGAUAGGAAAAUGAAUCAUCAUUUUACAUACUGUUGUCACCAGCCAUGAUUUAUCACCUGUCCCAAUUAAACCUACAUGCUAAAUUAACUAAUUUAACCGAAAAAACACAAAAAACUUCGAAAUUGAAUAUGUGAGAAAAUCAUUUGAUCUUGUCUAGCAGAGGUUUUUUUUAUUGUGGCCAUGUUUUUGUUUUUUAUUUUAAAAAUAGUCCUCCAGUAAACAAUUCUCUGCUAGUCUGAACCUACUGUAUGAUGGACAUAGGAUGAUAAGUCAUGGCAUAACUUUCAUCUGUUAGAAUACCGUUGGUUUGUGCCAAAUAACAUUCCUCAUUAAUACACAGGUAGAUUUUACUUAGCUAAUCAUGGGAAUUUCACAUUUGUUAUUAUCUAUUUAUUUAUUUAUUUAUAAGACUGUGAUAAACUCUUCAAUUUUUGCAUGGAAAGUAAUUUUCAUCUGUAACAAAAUCACUUCCCCCACACCUUCUGACUGGGUUCAAAAGGGUGUGCUCACCAUUAAAUGAGCCGUGUCAUGACAAAACCAACAUAAUGGGUUUGCGACCAGCAUGGAUCCAGACCAGCCUGCGCAUCCGCGCAGUCUGAUCAGGAUCCAUGCUGUUCGCUAUCAGUUUCUCUACUUGUAAUAGAGUUGAUAAGUGAACAGCAUGGAUCCUGAUCAGACUGCGCAGAUGCGCAGGCUGGUCUGGAUCCAUGCUGGUGGCAAACGCACUAUGUUGGUUUUGUCUUGACGCAGCUCAAAUGUAGUUAGUCUACUCACACAUUGAUUUUCUCAUAACUUUCCCCCCUCCUUAUAAAGAGAACCAUUUUUUUUUCUCGCACAAAACAAAGUUACUAAGUCUUUCAGUAAUGUGCUGGGUUUGUUACAUCAUAAGUUUCACAUUUGUUAAUACAUUUUACUGUGAAGUGGUUGGCUGUCACUGCAUGACUAGAUCAAACCAUCGUUAUUCCAACUUUCUGUGAAAGUGACCUACCAUAUAAAGUGUUAACUUGAAGUACAGUCUUUUUAUUAUCACAUAUUUAUUACAUCAUAUUUUUUCAGUAUUUAAUAUCAUAUAUUUCUUGACUUGAAAAGUCAAACUUCUAUUCUAUAGACUAUUACGUAGGGAGGUUAGAUGGCAAAAUUUCGAGCCAGAUCUCUUGUCUGCCAGGGACAGUCAAUCAUUGUUACUUCCACAUAGCAAAAUAGAGUGGAAACAAAAUAUUAUGAAAAAAAUGUCAUUUUAAACAUCAUUUCAUUUUUUCGAUGGUAUAAUAAAUGGUUGCCUUAGCAACUGUUAUUAUACCUGGUAGUCAUGGAAAUGUGGUUAUGCAGAUAUUUCUGCAAAUACCAAACUGCUCACCUGUCAAAUUGUCUUAAAGGGAAUAAAAACUUGGGCUGAAUAGAAACACAUUUCUUCGUUUUCAUUUAUCCAACAUUCAUUGUGUUAUUGUUGUAUUUAUUUCACUAUAGUAUUAAACAAAUUGUAAGCUGACCUGAAUAAAAACUCUGAGAAAGAUAA